AUGACUGAGGCCAUUUCCAUCUCCCGGGGCCAGCAGCUCGAAGCAGCGGUCGAGCACUUGCCCGACUGGUACUUUGCAGCCCUGAAACACCCCCCGUCUUCGUCCCCUUCGUCCUCCUCUUCGCCCUCGUCGUCGUCCUCACGCUCUGCGUCCCCUUUCAAACGAACCACCGCCACACUCACUCACGUGGACUCCCUCAGCUCUCUUGACGUCCUCCACGCGACGCUCAAUGCCGUCUGCGAGACGGACGAUAAGCCCCAACCGCUGGACGAAGACGACGUGCGAGACGACGGCCUCCCGCACGAGCCGUCGUCGAAUGCCACGAUCUGCUGCCUCGACGACGAGCUCGAGCUCAGCGAACUCGCGCUCCCGCAGGAGCUCCAGUUGACACAGAGUCGAGACGAGGAAGUGGGUGCGUCGAGUCCCCGCGAGUCGACGACCGCGUCGGCCGAGAGCGCGACCGCAGACCUCGUGGUCUCGGGCUUUUCCAUGCGCGGGCGCGAGAAGCGCGUGCUGUACCACAUUGACGUGGUCGACCACGACGCGCCGUUGCAAACCUAUACCAUCCGGCGGAGCUACUCGGACUUUAAAGAGCUCUACACGCAGCUAUGCGACAUUCUCGCGAACCGGCAAUCUUAUUACCGCAAUCGAGCCAGUUCGCGUCUGGCACGAGGAAUGCCGUCGGCCACAUCAACGGACGCGCCACGCGCGACAAGAAGGUCUGGGCGGUCGAUGACGACGACGACGAUGCAGGAGGAGCUGCUCGAGCAGUCGAUCAUGGCGUUCGCGUUGCCGCCGUUGCCCCACGCGGGGUUCCUCACGUACUGGAAACGACACGACCGAUCGCACGUGCAGUCGCGAUGCGACCGCUUCCAAGAGCUCUUGCAGGCCGUGCAACGCAUGACGUUCCUGCGCGAGUCGUUCGCCAUGCGCAAGUUUCUGAGCGUCGCGCCCUGUGCCAUCCGAGAUCGCGGCUCGUCGUACGUCUCGCUCUGCGAGUACGGCGUGCCGACGCUGAACCCCGAAGAAGAGCAGCGCGAGCGGAAGCGACGAGCACAAAAGUAUCGUCGCAAUAGCACUGCUAGUAACCAGUCGACACGGAUCGUCGAGUAUUGA